GUGAAACCAUUCCCCCUUGUCCUGUCACUCCAGGCCCUUGGAGAUUUGGUGUAGCUUCCUCUCUACCAAAUCUUGUGGUCACUUCAGACAGCACAGGGAAUUGGAGGAGAGUAUGGUUUGGAAAAAUAACAUUGUCUUGGGAACUGCCUGAGGCAAAUCAUCUGAUCUUCUGUCACAGCAUGGGGACACAGGGCUGGCUUCUCCCUGGGGUAUUGAUUUGGCAGCACAACUCUGCACGAGGCUUCUCAGUUCAACUCCUGCAGAGGGUUCCAUGUCUUGAGGGCUGUAAUACAACAAAAUCCAAACCAGCUCUCUCAGUUCGCACAUAGGUGGAGUUUCACCCUCAUGGAAUCCCUUCCUCUGUUUAGGAUGGGAAAUGUUGGGAUUUUUUUGGUGUUGGUGGAAGCCUAGAUUGAUGAUGUUGCCCAGAGAUGUUGUGGACUCCCUGUCCCUGGAAGUGUACAAGGCCAGGUUGGAUGGAGCUUGGAGCAAUCUGGAAUAGUGGAAGGUGUGCCUGCCCAUGGCAGAGGGGAUGAGCUUUAAGGUCCCUUCCAACCCAAGCAUUCCAGGACCAUGAAAGCCUGGCUCUGCUGGCUCCCAGCCAGGCACCAGGAGUGUUGAUCCAACAGCCAAAUGCUACAUUUUUUCUCAUUUGUUUUUGCAUUCAGUUAAAAUUGGCUUAUUGUGCACUUUUUUCCUAGUCUAUACACCAGUAGUCUGGUACCUGGGGGAAGGGAUGUGCCUGAGAACCUCAUGGGGCUGGCAAGGAAGGAAAGCCCCGAGUUGUCAAAGCUCAGCUUAGAUUUGCUGAUUUUUAAAGAAUCUCCAGUCUUGAGGUGCAGGUUUUGGUUUCCCAGUGGAAAGAGCCACUAGGUGGUAAGCUCGCUCCUUCCAACAGCAGGAAUGGCUCCCGAAGUGGCUGCUUGGGACUGCUGCCUGCUCGUGGGGGGUGCUCCUGGUGUGAUUUCCGUGUGGUGCUGCUGGAGCUGGGGUUGAGCCUCUCCUCUGACAAGGAGGAAAAAUUGCUGUGGGAGCUUUUUCCAUGCUGUGACUGGGGAACCCUAGAUCCUGUGUGCUGGAAGGGCUGCUGUGACGGAGCUCUGGAGUGCUGGUCCCAUCCCCUGCUGCCAUGGUGGCACUGGGAUGAGUGGUACAGCGAGACUGAGGGAGCCCAUCUGGGUGGCACCCAGCCUGGAACUAGGAGAAAACCUUGGAAUGCUUGGGUUUUGUAUUGGAAAUGGCAGCGAGGCUCCAGCUUCCUGCUGCCAGUGCUGUCACUGAGUCACUUCUAGGUGGUGGCCUGGGGACACUGCCGGGUUCUGCUUUGCUGCUUCCCUUUCUCUGACUGCCAUGGGGAGCACCAGGAUGGAGUAGAAGGGCAGAGGAGGUGGAUGGCAGCAGCUGGAAGAGGAUGGUGUCACAUGGGCGUUGGGGACACCAGCUGUCCUGGGGUUUGGAAGUUCUGGCCAUGGAUCAGAAGGGCUUUCGUCGGGAGAGCUUACAGAGUGCCACGAGCGAUGAGGAUAUGCUGGAAAUAGCUGGAGCACCCAUGGAUUUCUCCAUGGCCGACGAUGACCCACCACUCGACAGGGAGAUAGGAGGCUUCUCCUCAUAUAAUGGAGGAGGGAUGAACGGCAGGACCACCAUGAUGGAUUUCCUGGAGGAGCCUCUUCCUGGCGUGGGCACCUACGAGGAUUUUAACACCAUAGACUGGGUGCGAGAGAAGUCCAGGGAUCGAGACAGGCACAGGGAGAUCACCAACAGAAGCAAAGAGUCCACCUGGGCCCUGCUGCACAGCGUGAGUGACGCCUUCUCUGGCUGGCUGUUGAUGCUCCUUAUUGGUUUGUUGGCAGGUUCCUUGGCAGGUCUGAUCGACAUCUCUGCCCACUGGAUGACAGAUCUGAAGGAAGGAGUGUGUCUGGCAGGGUUCUGGUUCAACCAUGAGCACUGCUGCUGGAAAUCCAACACCACCUUCACCGACAGGGACAAGUGUCCUGAGUGGAAGAGCUGGUCCCAGCUGAUCCUUGGCCAUGGAGAGGGGGCCUUUGCAUAUAUCCUCAAUUACUUCAUGUAUGUUAUCUGGGCCUUGAUGUUCUCCCUCCUUGCUGUGCUCCUGGUGAAGGGCUUUGCUCCCUAUGCCUGUGGUUCAGGGAUCCCAGAGAUCAAAACUAUCUUAAGUGGUUUCAUCAUUAGAGGCUAUCUGGGCAAGUGGACGCUGGUCAUCAAAACUAUCACCCUGGUGCUGGCCGUGUCCUCGGGGCUGAGCCUGGGCAAGGAGGGGCCCCUGGUCCACGUGGCCUGCUGCUGUGGGAACAUCCUGUGCCACCUCUUCACCAAGUACCGCAAGAACGAGGCCAAGCGCAGGGAGGUGCUGUCAGCAGCUGCCGCCGCCGGUGUGUCCGUGGCUUUUGGAGCUCCCAUUGGAGGAGUGCUCUUCAGCCUGGAGGAGGUGAGUUACUACUUCCCUCUGAAGACCCUCUGGCGUUCCUUCUUUGCUGCACUGGUCGCUGCCUUCACCCUGCGCUCCAUCAACCCCUUCGGCAACAGCCGCCUCGUGCUCUUCUAUGUGGAGUUCCACAUGCCAUGGCAUCUGCUGGAACUGGUGCCCUUUGUCCUGCUGGGAAUAUUUGGUGGGCUCUGGGGAGCUUUCUUCAUCCGCAGCAACAUUGCCUGGUGCAGGCGGCGCAAGACGACACGUCUGGGCAAGUACCCGGUUCUGGAGGUGAUCGUGGUGACAGCCAUCACGGCCAUCCUGGCCUUCCCCAACGAGUACACCAGGAUGAGCACCAGCGAGCUGAUAUCAGAGCUCUUCAACGACUGUGGGAUCUUGGAUUCGUCCAAGCUCUGCGAGUACGUGAACGAUUUCAACAGCACCAAGGGGGACGAUCUGCCUGACCGCGCCGCUGGCCCCGGCGUGUACACGGCCAUGUGGCAGCUGGCACUGGCCCUCAUCAUGAAGGUCUUCAUCACAAUCUUCACCUUUGGCAUGAAGGUGCCCUCGGGGCUUUUCAUCCCCAGCAUGGCUGUGGGGGCCAUCGCGGGCCGGCUGCUGGGAGUGGCCGUGGAGCAGCUGGCCUUCUACCACCAUGACUGGGCCAUCUUCAGCGGCUGGUGCAGCCAGGGGGCCGACUGCAUCACCCCUGGCCUCUAUGCCAUGGUGGGCGCCGCCGCCUGUCUGGGGGGGGUGACCCGGAUGACUGUGUCACUGGUGGUCAUCAUGUUCGAGCUCACGGGGGGCCUGGAGUACAUCGUGCCCCUAAUGGCAGCAGCCAUGACCAGCAAGUGGGUGGCCGACGCCAUCGGCCGCGAGGGGAUCUACGAUGCCCACAUCCGCCUGAACGGGUACCCCUUCCUGGAGGCCAAGGAGGAGUUCUCGCACAAGACACGGGCCAUGGAUGUGAUGCGGCCGCGCAAGAGCGACCCUCCCCUGACGGUCAUCACACAGGACACCAUGACCGUGGAGGAUGUGGAGACCAUCGUUACCAGCACCACCUACAGCGGCUACCCCGUGGUGGUGUCCCGGGUGUCCCAGCGCCUGGUGGGGUUUGUGCUCAGGAGAGACCUCAUCAUUUCCAUUGAAAAUGCCCGGAAGAAGCAGGAUGGGAUUGUGAGCACCUCAGUUAUUUGUUUCACUGAUUACUGUCCCCUCCUCCCUCCGAGCUCCCCGUCUGUGCUGAAGCUCAGGAGCAUCCUGGAUCUCAGUCCCUUCACGGUGACAGAUGAGACGCCCAUGGAGAUCGUGGUGGACAUUUUCCGCAAGCUGGGAUUGCGCCAGUGCCUGGUCACUCACAACGGGAAGCUGCUGGGGAUCAUUACCAAAAAGGAUGUACUAAAGCACAUUGCACAGAUGGCCAACCAGGACCCUGAUUCCAUCCUCUUCAACUAGAGGCAGACUGUAGGGAUUGUGUGUCCUACAUACCUGGAACUUUCUAGCCCAUCCUGGGUAGACUUUCCUAUUUUUAUUGAGACCAUGGAUUUCUAGCGUUUUCCUCCAUGGAGCUGAAGAAGAUAUUUUUUUUUCUACCAGAUAACGAAUUGCACUAUGGAAUCUGUGGAACAUGAUCUUCUUUUUAGAAGACAAAAAAGAGACUUUAUUUUUGUUGCUUUUGUGAGGUUGCAUUGGAAAGAUUACAUGAAGGAGUAAAAGCAAAAUGUUAGAGAAUUGUAUUUCCUCCUCUUCUCUUGUUGGAACUGCUGUUACAAACGUGGGGAGGAAAAGCCAAGGUGUUUGUGCACUUCCAGAGGUGUGGAAGGAGCAGGAUGGUUUUGCACACAGUAUUCAGGUGGUGGCAGAGGGACAGGGCUGGGCUCAGGGAGUUGUAUUCCCAGUUGUCUCCUUGGGAAAACUCACAACCUUGGGAAGCCGAAAUAGGGGAGAGAAAAAUAAAAAUUUGGCUGAUUGAGGCUGCUCAGCUGAAAGAAGGAAAAAUUAACCCAGCAAACCAACCCACACUCCACCCCCCCAUCAGAUCUCCUUAAAAUGGGGCCCAGUUUCUGAUUGGGAAGAUGCUAGUUUUGAUUAAUUAGUGAAUGUAUUAAUUACUCUGCCACUGCCAUGUCAGGAUGUCAGGAGAACCCCAAGAAGGAGAUAGGAAGAGUUCACAGGUGUCUUCCCAUCCUGCUGCCUUUCUCUGAUCCCUUCCCAAGGAUUCCUUCUCUUUGAUUUCCCCUGAGCACUAAAAUCCCAGAGGCUGAGUCCUGAAUUCCUGCCCUUCCCCAAACCCCAGUGGUGUUGGAUGUGGCACAGGUGGCGUCCUCCUCACCCUGUCCCGCCAGGGAGCCCGGUGCCUGGGAUAGGGAUGCUGUUCCCUGCUCCCUCCUGUCCCUGGAUCCCAGCUGGAGGAUUUCCAGCAGGGAAUUCCCAGGUCUCCUUUGGUCAACAACUAUGCAAGAAACCCUUCCCACCACAGCCUCCUGUGCUCAGUCCCUGUCCCAGUGCUGACUAAAUGAUUUUCCUGUUAAUAAAACUGUGUCCAUUUACUGGAAUGUGGGAGGCUUCUGGAUGUCUUGGGAGACUGAUGCUCUUCAUCCUGUCCUCAGUUGUUUUAUGUUUGUGGGCAGUGGGGACUUCUGGCUUGACUUGGCUGGGUCCCUCUCAAAAUCUCUCUGAUACAAAUUCCUUGUCUUUCCAAGGAGCAAAAGGCAGAUUCUUGAUUUUCCAAAGCCAUCCAGCAGCCAGUUCCUGCUCUGCUGCUUCCACCUGAUGUCUCAAUCCUUGUACAGCUCAAAGCUGCUUCAACCUGAGAUGUCACUGAUGGAUCCAGUUCCUUCUGCUUGGGAAAUAAAUGCCUGGACUGGUC